AUGAUAUCGUCUGGCGUAUGGGCAGAGUGCAUUCCUCUAUCCAAGGCACACGAUCUCAAAGAAGUGCCAACAGUAGCAUCAUUGCCUACUGCGGCCUCAGCCCCAGAGACGAUGAAGUCGGCAUUGCAGAAGAUAGGCUACCUAGGCAGCGUGCCUUGCUCAUACAAGUCCACUCCGAUGGCAGCACACUUUGAGCUCCACAUCGAGCAAGGUCCCCAUCUCGUUUCUGCAGGCCAACGGGUCGGAGUUGUCACGGCAGUGCAGGCCUAUCGUUGGUUCCGAUUGAAUGUCAUCGGGCGAGAUACACACACAGGUACAACCGCUUUUGAACACCGUGCCGAUGCUCUAUAUGCAUUUGCGCGUAUGAUGGUUCGAGCAAGAGAGGUCGCUGCAGGACGAGGAUGCCUUGCUAGCGUUGGGAUCAUCGAAGCGAAGCCGGGCAGUGUCAACACUGUUCCCGGACAGGUCAGCUUCAGCUUGGAUAUCCGUGGACCAGAGACGGAACUGGUCGCUGAGGUUGAGAAAGAACUUCGUCGUGAUUUUGACGAAAUCGCCGCUGCAGAGGGCGCUGGGAUCGGCAAGCCCUGCCGGGUUGAGUGGACGCUUGACUUUGAUUCUCCUGCUGUGAAAUUCCACGACGAAUGCAUUGAAUGCGUACAGCAAUCGGCUCAUGCUGUUGUAGCAGAUGCGUCGGUUGCAGAUCCCAAGUCACUGGUUCGGCCCAUCAUGAGUGGUGCUGGCCAUGACAGUGUCUUCACUUCGAAGCGUGUUCCCACGAGUAUGAUAUUUGUGCCCUGUAAAGAUGGACUCAGUCAUCAUCCGGAGGAGUUUUGCUCAGCAGACGACUGCGCGACCGGAGCAUCCGUCAUAUUGCAAGCCGUUGUGCGGUACGAUCGGAGGAGAUUCGCAUAG